CGAAACAUCUCGCGAGACUUCUCUCUCACGUCCCUAUCCUCCUCCUUUUGUCACCUUGACGUGAUAUAGAACUGGCUUUUGUCUUGUAUAAGCACUGGCUUGUGUCGCUGACAUUAUAAAACGUUUAUAUAUAAUAAUUUAUGAGCAAAAGUGUGGACGAGAUGUCGUUUCUUUUCUGACUGCUGACGGCAAGGAAGCAGCGAAGGAGGCUCGCUUUGAAUUUGGAACGCUUUCCCGCGAGAUUUGGGCUUGUGCAGUUGUGCGACUGCCACGUCUCGGCUUUGCAGCUACAGGUAGCAUAACACAUAGCACAAAACAGAUAAAACAAGACACUCCACGCAGAGGCAGUCGGCGUGCAAACAGUGGGAAUAGUGUCCACGCUCCGGUCAUACUAUGGGGUGCCGACAUGUGCUGGUGGUGACACUCGCCACAUCUGCAAUCCUGCUGCUCGCCUUCCGUCUGAGUGACGCUCACAGCCACUCGCACGAUCACCACGGCCACUCGCACGAUGACCACGGCCAUCACGGCCACUCGCACGGAGAGGACCACGGUCACUCGCACGGCCAGGAGGCGAAGAUGUACCACGGCGCCAGCAAGUGGAGCGCUGAGGCCAACCUGUCGCCGGAGGAGGAGGACCACGGGCACGCACACAACCACGGGCACGCACACAACCACGGGCACGCACACGACCACGGGCACGCACACGACCACGGGCACGCACACGACCACGGGCAUGCACACAACCACGGGCACGCACACAACCACGACCACGGGCACGCACACGACCAUUAUGAUAAUGUUGUUCACCCGGACAAGAGCGAAGAGCACAGACAUGGAGGGCUGAAGAGUGAUGCAGAGAAGAGGACCAUGACAGAAUUGUGGAUGCAGGCGAUCGGCGCCACACUGCUCAUCAGUGCCGCGCCUUUCCUCAUCCUCUUCCUCAUCCCAGUGCAGUCCAACAGUGACCAGCACCAGAACCUGCUCAAGGUGCUGCUGAGCUUUGCGUCGGGCGGCCUGCUGGGCGACGCCUUUCUCCACCUCAUACCGCACGCUCUUGAGCCGCACUCGCACCACGGCGACGAUCAUGGAGACGAUCAUGGAGACUCACACCACGGCGACGAUCAUGGAGACUCGCACGACCACGGCCACUCUCACGGUGCCGCCCAUGAUCACAUGAUGUCCGUGGGACUGUGGGUUCUUGGCGGCAUAAUCGCCUUUCUGGUUGUGGAGAAGUUUGUGCGUUUGUUGAAGGGAGGACACUCACACUCCCACGGUGCCGUCAAGGAAAAGGACAGCGACGGAGAGGAAGAGAAGAAGAAAGAAAGCAAAGGCAAAAUGGUGGCAAAGAAGAAAGAGAAUAGUGCAGACAUCAAGGUGUCGGGCUACCUCAACCUGGCGGCGGACUUCACUCAUAACUUCACCGAUGGCCUGGCCAUCGGCGCCUCCUUCCUGGUGGGUCCAGCGGUGGGCACCAUCACCACCAUCACCAUCCUGCUGCACGAGGUCCCGCACGAGAUCGGAGACUUCGCCAUCCUGGUCCAGUCCGGUUGCACCAAGAAAAAGGCCAUGUGUCUGCAGCUGGUCACGGCCUUGGGAGCUCUGGCUGGCACCGCCUGCUCGCUGCUGGCGGAAGGGGUGGGCGCCACGGCGACCGCCUGGAUCCUGCCCUUCACCGCCGGCGGCUUUGUCUACAUCGCCACGGUGACGGUGCUUCCAGAACUGCUAGCGGGGCGCUCCAGUUUCGGCCAGUCUUUGAUGGAGAUUCUGGCCCUGCUGUUCGGAGUGGGCAUGAUGGUUCUAAUUGCAGAGUACGAGUGAGAGAAAAAAAAAAAGUUGUAAUUUGUUUCAAUCUUUUUAUCGCAUUGUGGGACAAACAACUUUUUGUUGCCUUUGGCGGUGUUACCUUUUAUUUGUAUGAAAAAACAUCAUGCUCUUUUUUGUUUUGUUUUGUUUGCUGUGAGGAACCAACCAGAUGGACACGUCUUGACGGGACUUUUAGCACUUUCUCACGCUCAUAAAUUGUUCUGCAUUUUUGGCUUUUGAGGCACUGAGAAAGCAGAAAUGGACAGAAUUCACAUAAUAGUUCAAAAAAGUAGUCAAAGCACCUGAGAUGUGUUCUCACGUGAAGUUUGACUGUGGCAAGAUGGACCAAAAAAUGUACACUGUCUGCAACUGUGACCAACAAUAAAAGCUGAUAACAUUCAAAAUUAGA